AUGACACAGGCCGUCAAGCGGGCCUGCGACGCCUGCCAUCGUCGCAAGGUCAAGUGCGACGGCGUCAACCCGUGUCGCAACUGCCAUACGGCUCAGCUCUCGUGCACCUACAAUGCGAUCCCACAGAAGAAGGGCCCCAAGGGCUCGCGUGCAAAGGUCAUCAGCGAGUUGAGGGAAACACAACGACAGACCAGUUUGUCCGCCAAGGUCCAGAACCGCAUGAACGGAAUCCCGAACCCUCCUGGUCCCGUCAGCCUGGCCCCGACCCCUGGCUUGCUCUCGAGCGAACUCGUCAAGGAGUGUAUCGACUUUUACUUUGCGAACCUAUACGAGAAGAUGCCCAUCCUCGACCGGCGCCAGAUCGACCUGCAACUCCCCUACAUGGAACAGAACCGCGAUACCUACUGCCUCAUGAUGUCUCUGUGCGCAUUCAUGAUGCUGCAGCCCGGCAUGUCGAUGCCGACUGGCGACCCCUACAACCUCGAUGUGAUGCCCGGUGCCACCAUUGUCGCGAGCCAGUUACUCCUCGACGAGACUCUGCAGGUCCGCAAGGGCUACGACUAUCUUGACAACCUUAGCUUCAACACCCUUGCCACCAACUUCUUCAUUUAUGGGUGCUACCACGGCCUCGAACUUCACGACAAGGCUUGGUUCUACCUCCGAGAGGCUUCGACCAUGAUGCACCUUAACGGCAUGAGCAAGGAAGAGACAUACCACGGCCCCCAGUGGGAAAAUGCCGAGUCGUCGCGCAGGAGGCGUCUUUACUGGCUGUUCUACAUCAUGGAAAGGGCCCACGCCAUCCAGCGCCUGCGACCUUUGACAUUGCAGGCCACCAUCAAUCCUCCUAACUCCGCCGAUGACCCUAGCGACCCACUCAGCCAUCAGCUGAACAGCUUCAUCAUGCUCGUUAACCUGUUCCGCCCCUUUGACGAUGCCUUCACCACCGUCUGGAACAAGACGCGAACCAACCUCUACGUUGCGAACCUUCAGAAGCAACUGAACGAGGUCCUGCCUACGUAUCUUUGCCAAGAUGGCCAGCUGUCCGACCUGCGCACGAACCAGCAGUGGCUCAAGAGCACUGUCUGGCAGUUGACCCACGGCAACAUGAACUCGCAGAACGAGGACAACAUGAACUUCAACUACCCUGUUGACCUGUCUCGCGAGCUUCUGAUGACGUUGGCAUCCCACUUCCCUGGACAAGGCAUGGAGCUAAUGGGAUCCGGACUGAUUGAAAAGCUUUUCGAGAUUAGCUGUAACAUGACCGAUUUCCUGGCUGUUCAGCCCGCUGCCCGGGACCCCUUCACUGUCGGCCCUCGUGAGCAGCUCAAUCAAACACUCAAUAUUGUCGCCGUUCUCCGCCAUGGCGACCACCGCUUUUUGCCCCUACUCCUAAACAAGGUUGCUGAAAUCAUGCCACGUUUGACCAACCCCAUGCUGCAAAACGCGCCCGAAAACUCGAACCUGGGCAACAUUGACAUCUUUGAUGGCUUUGGCAAUGCGGGCAUGGCUCAACCGCCCCCUCAGAUGCAGAUGCAGAUGGAUACCGAGUACGAGCGCAAAUUUUCUGCCGCCGACUACGACAAGAAGUAUGGCAUGUCCGACAUGAACAGCAACGGCAGCGACACCAACACCAUUGCCGCCUCGUCUACUGGUGCGCCUUCCGUUCCUCCAGCGACUACUGCGGAUAUGAACUCGCCAUUCGCUAGCUCUCCCGCCAUUAUGUCUCCACCAAUGGAGUACCCCCACAACGGAAUGAACGACUAUGGUUGCACUCCGAUGCCCGAUAUGGUCAUGAGCCCGAUGGGCCAGAAUGGAUCGGCGAUUAAUGGCUCGAGCUCCAUCAGCAAUCAGCACCAACAGCAGCAGCCGCAUCACCUGAUUCAGAACCAAUGCAUGACGCCGCAACAGAUGCAACCCAGCAUGAACCAGCAUCACAAUCACAACAUGCAACAAGGCAACAUCAGUCCACCAUCAAUCCAAGGGCAGCAAAGUCUGGCCUCGGCCUCGAUUCCGACGUCACAUCCUAUGGGCCCGGGUGGAAACAACCUGAUGAACUCCAUACCCCGGCAGCAGCCGCAGCGUGCUAGUAGUUACGCCAUCCAACAACAACCGAUACCGCGCACCGUGGGCGAUUUCCACGCUCUACAGCGGGCAAACUCCGACAUGCCAGGUCUAUCUGGCAUAAGCACAGAGAUGGAUUUCAACACGCUUCGCUAA